GCGGUGGCGGGGCCGGUGGGGCCGUGGCCCGCUGAGGGCGCCGCGGAGCGCGGCCCGCCCUGCUCCCUCGCCCCGCGCCAUGGGUGCGCGGCCGCGCCGAGACCCCGCCGCCGCCGCCGCCGCCGCGCCGGGGCCGCUCGCUGCCCUGCUCGCCGCCGCGCUCUUCGCUGCCGCCGGUGCUCAGCAAAGUGCGACUGUGGCCAACCCAGUGUCCGGUGCAUCUCCGGACCUGCUGCCACACUUCCAGUUGGAGCCAGAGGACGUCUAUAUCGUGAAGAACAAGGCGGUGAGCCUGGCCUGCCGCGCCACCCCUGCCACCCAGAUCUACUUCAAGUGCAACGGCGAGUGGGUGCACCAGGGUGACCACGUCACGCAGCACAGCACCGACCACAGCACCGGGCUGCCAGUGAUGGAGGUGCGCAUCGAAGUCACCCGCCAGCAAGUGGAGAAGAUCUUUGGGCUGGAAGAGUACUGGUGCCAGUGCGUGGCCUGGAGUUCCUCCGGCACCACCAAGAGCCAAAAAGCCUUUGUGCGCAUUGCCUAUCUGCGCAAGAACUUUGAGCAGGAGCCAACAGCCAGGGAGGUCUCCAUCGAGCAGGGCAUCGUGCUGCCAUGCCGCCCUCCCGAGGGCAUACCCCCCGCCGAGGUGGAGUGGCUGCGCAACGAGGAGCUGGUGGACCCGGCGCUGGACACCAAUGUCUAUGUGACGCCGGAGCACAGCCUAGUGCUGCGCCAGGCCCGCCUGGCCGACACCGCCAACUACACCUGUGUGGCCAAAAACAUCGUGGCCCGUCGCCGCAGCGCCUCUGCUGCUGUCAUUGUCUACGUGAAUGGCGGCUGGUCGACGUGGACGCAGUGGUCGGGCUGCAGCACCAGCUGUGGACGGGGCUGGCAGAAGCGGAGCCGGACCUGCACCAACCCCACGCCCCUCAACGGAGGGGCUUUCUGUGAGGGCCAAAACGUGCAGAAAACUGCCUGCACCACCCUCUGCCCAGUGGAUGGCGCCUGGUCGGAAUGGAGCAAAUGGUCGGUGUGUGGGGCCGAGUGCACCCACUGGCGGAGCCGGGAGUGCUCGGAGCCUACGCCACGCAACGGGGGCCGGGAGUGCCACGGUCCCGAGCUGGACACCCGCAACUGCACCUCUGAGCUCUGCAGCCACGUCGUCCCCGGCACAGAGGACGUGGCGCUGUACGUGGGGCUGGUGGCCGUGGCCGUGUGCCUGGUGCUGCUGCUGCUGGUGGGGGUGCUGCUGUACUGCCGCAAGAAGGGGGGCCUGGACGCAGAUGUGGCUGACUCCUCCAUCCUCACCGCUGGCUUCCAGCCCGUCAGCAUCAAGCCCAGCAAGGCCGACAACCCCAGCCUGCUCACCAUCCAGCCUGACCUCAGCACCACCACCAUGACGUACCAGGGCUCGCUCUGCCCACGUCAGGAUGGCCCUGCCAAGCUCCAGCUGCCCAACGGGCACCUGCUGAGCCCACUGGGUGCCGGGCGACACACGCUGCACCACAGCUCACCCGCUGCCGAGGGCGCUGACUUUGUGGCCCGGCUCUCCACCCAGAGCUACUUUCGCUCCCUGCCUCGCGGCACCACCAACAUGGCCUAUGGCACCUUCAACUUCUUAGGGGGGCGGCUCAUGAUCCCCAACACAGGGAUCAGCCUGCUCAUUCCACCUGAUGCCAUCCCACGAGGGAAGAUCUACGAGGUCUACCUGACCCUGCACAAGCAGGAGGAGGUCAGGCUGCCCCUGUCCGGCUGUCAGACGCUGCUGAGCCCCAUCGUCAGCUGUGGUCCUCCCGGUGUCCUCCUCACCCGCCCCGCCAUUCUGGCCAUGGGUCACUGCGUGGAGGCCAGUGCUGAGAACUGGAGCAUCUGGCUGAAGAAGCAAUCGUGCGAGGGCACGUGGGAGGAUGUGCUGCAGCUGGGCGCUGAGCCGUGCACGGAGCUGUACUACUGCCAGCUGGAAGCGCAGGCUUGCUACAUCUUCACAGAGCAGCUGGGGCGCUUUGCCCUGGUCGGGGAGUCCCUCAGCAUGGCAGCCUCCAAGCGCCUCAAGCUGGUCCUGUUUGCGCCAUCCGCCUGCCCCUCAUUGGAGUACAACAUCCGCGUCUACUGCCUCAGCGACACCCAGGAUGUCCUCAAGGAGGUGAUCCAGUUGGAGAAGCAGCUCGGGGGGCAGCUGAUCGGAGCUCCUCGGGUUCUGCACUUCAAGGAUAGCUACCACAACCUGCGCCUUUCCAUCCAUGACAUGCCCAGCUCCCUCUGGAAGAGCAAGCUCCUUGCCAGCUACCAGGAGAUCCCCUUCUACCACAUUUGGAGCGGGCUGCAGCCCUUCCUGCACUGCACCUUCACCCUGGAGCGCCUGAGCCCCAGCACCUGCGAGCUGGCCUGCAAGAUCUGGGUCUGGCAGGUGGAGGGAGAUGGGCAGAGCUUCACUGUCAACUUCAACAUCGCUAAGGACACAAGGUUUUCGGACUGGCUGGUCCCAGACAGUGAGGUUGGUGCCCCAGCCCUCGUGGGCCCCAGUGCCUUCAAGAUCCCCUUCCUCAUCCGCCAGAAGAUCAUCAGCAGCCUGGACCCUCCAGGCACCCGAGGAGCCGACUGGAGGAUGCUGGCCCAGAAGCUCAACCUCGACAGCCAUCUCAGCUUCUUCGCCUCGAAGUCCAGCCCUACAGCCAUGAUCCUGAACCUGUGGGAAGCACGGCACUUCCCCAACGGCAACCUCUCGCAGCUGGCCGCUGCCGUGGCCGAGGUGGGCAAGCAGGACGGUGCCCUCUUCGCCGUCUCCGAGGCAGAGUGCUGAGCACCGUGGGGCGGGACGUGCAACCCCGCUCGAGGGGGGGCUGUCACCGUGGGGCAGGGGGGGUCUCGGCCGGCCCCUGGGCCCCCACAGCCCACAGGGAGGGCUGCCCCCCACCUUGCGAGAGGGAUGCCCGUUCUCCCCCAGCGCCGUGGUGGUAGGGCUGAGCCUGGCCCCGGGGGGUCCUGCAGCCCCAUGGCGGGGGGACUGGCGAGCGCUGGGUGUGCGUCGUGCGUGCGGUGCCGUCGUGCUGUCUGCGUGUGGGGCCAGGCGGCCCCGGGCCCCGUGCCGUGUUGUGUAAAGACCGUUUUUUUAAUUCUGUAUUAAGUGCAUUCAAGUAUUUACACUUGGCCUUAUGUACAUAGCGGUGCCGCGGGCGGGG